AUGAUACGUAGCGGUUUGAAGUCAUAUCGGGCCUGCAGGCGGCGGGUGGGCGACGCGCUCAGUGCCCGUGACUACUACGGAGCCAUCCAGAUGCUGAUUGCCAUUGCCUAUGUCCUGGGCAUUACACCGUUCGUGGUGACUCACAGCGCAAAGGGGGAGUCCGGGAUGCAGCAAUCCUGGUAUGGAUUUGUCAAUGCCAUCUCCCGAUGGGUGCUGCUCGCCUACUGUUACACGUACAUCAAUAUCCACAACGAGAGCCUAAUUGGCUACUUCAUGCGGAAUCGGAUCUCGCAGUUCAGCACCCGGCUCCACAACAUUUGUGGAAUUUGGUCGGCAGUCUUUACCUUCAUCAUGCCGCUGCUGCUGCGCCGACACCUGCAGCGAUUCAUCGAGGAUGUUAUGGAGGUGGAUCGGCGCCUGGACCGGCUCCGCCACCCCGUCAAUUUCAAUGCGGUCUUUGGAGUAGCCACCUUGGUUUUGGCCUUGGUUGCCCUGCUGGACACCAUUAUUACUGUCACCUGUCUGGUGUGCCUGGCCCAGAUGGAGGUGCGCGCCUCUUGGCAGCUAAUCUUCAUCCUGGUCUACGAACUCAUGGCCAUAUCCAUGACAAUUGUAAUGUUUUCUUUAAUCACGCGAACGGUUCAACGCCGCUUGAACUAUCUGCAUACGGUGAGUAGAUAUAAAGGAGGAGUUUAA